CAUUCUCACCUUGCAUGUUUUUGUCCUCGCGUCAGAAGCGCCUUUGUCAUGAUCGCCACUAGACUUCCGCCGUUGUCCGAUCGCGCCGCUGGAACAGGGUGCUGCAGCACCGCCCGACUCGUGUCGACCUGCGAUUCUGCCGCCGGCGCUGAAGCGCGUGCGCGAGGGGCGGCGACCCGCGGCAGCAGCGCGCGGUUCCGAGCCCGCAACGACCGUUCCCCCCGGCGCGGACGCGUCCGCCAGGAUCCCGGACAUGCGUGCCUCAGCAGCAGCGCCGCUCGCGGCCUCACCGGUCCCCGUGGAGUGGGCGGCCGGCCGUCGCGCCGUGCGCGCGCCAUCAUCGCCAGUUCCAUCGCGCCAGCCGGCACUCGCGCCGCAGCGUCCUGGUCGUUCCCCCGCCGACCUCAGUCGAUCCGCCUAGAUGCGACCGCGGCGGGCGCGGGAGGCGCGGCGGAGGAGGCGGUGGAGCGGAUGGUGGCGUGGGCGCGCGGGGAGGAGGGCGUGUGGAGCGUGGUGAUCCCCACGCACAACCGCCUGCCCAUCCUCGUUAAGUGCCUGCGCGCGCUGGAGCAGCAGGUGGGCCACACGCAGGCGGGCGUGCGGCGCUAUGAGGUGGUGGUGGUGGACGACGGGUCGACGGACGGCACCGUGCGCACCCUCGCCGCCAUGGGGGUGGGGUCCCUCGAGUGUGGGGGGGAGGGCGCCGCAAGGGAGGCGGGAGAAGCGGCGGCGCAUUCAGGAGGAGCGGCAGCAGCUGUGGCGUUCCCCCAUGUGCGGCUGCUGCAGCAGCAGCACGGCGGCGCAACGGCUGCUCGCAACCACGGCGUGGGCGUGGCUGCAGGCAGCACGAUGGUGUUCAUCGACUCCGACAUGGUGGUGUGCCGCGGCUUCCUAGCAGCGCAUGCGCGUGCUCUCGCCGAGGCAAGCAGCAGGUUCGGGGACGACCGCACCUUCUCGUACGGGCGCGUGGUGAACACAAGCAACUUCCAUGACCCCAUGGCUGAACCCUUCAAGCUCACCGACUACUCCGCCGCGUUCUUUGCCACGGGCAAUGUUGCCAUCUCGCGCCGCAUGCUGGCCGCCGCCACUCUCCGCCUCACCCCCCCCUCCACUGUUGCCACCACCGCUGCCAUCCCCCCCUCCUCCUCCCCCAACACCUCAAUUGAUGUGCGCAGCGGAGUAGAGGAGGGGGCUGGGGGCAAGCAUGCGGAUAGGAAAGCGCAGGGAGUGGAUGCAGGAGGGGAAGGGCGGGAUGGUGACAGGUGUGGAGCGGCGGAGCAGCAGUGGCAGCAGAGGGGGCCGUUUGAUGCGGAGUUCAGCAGCUACGGAUGGGAGGACCUGGAGCUCGGAGAGCGGCUGCGGCAGUGCGGUGCGCGCAUAUGGCAGUGCCCGGAGGCCGUGGGCUUCCACUGGCACCCGCCCUUCCACCCCUCGCAGCUGCCCGCUCUCAUUCGCCAGGAGAGGCAGCGAGGGGAGAACGGCGUGCGCUUCUUCCUCAAGCACCACACGCUCAACGUGCGCCUCAUGGUGCAGAUGACGCCCCUCCACGCCGCCCUCUGGUUCCUGCUCACCCUGGGGGGCUCCCUCAACGAGCACUCCCUCGCCCCUCUGCUAGCAUGGCUGGUGCAGCAAGGCCAUCCCGGGAUGGCCAUGGGGCUGCUCUCCCCCGUGCUCAACUGGCACACCGUGCAGGCCACACGGGAAGAGGUGCAGCGCCUGAGGAAGGAAGGGGUGGACGUGUGAGAGAGGUAAGGCCAGGGAAAGUUGCACAGAGGUGCUGUAGGCUCGACGGGGUUCUGCAUGUGCCGAGAAUGGUGGUGGUGGGGGAUCUUGUUUUGAGAGUGAGACUGUGAAGAGCAAAGACUGCUGGACCAGAAUCUCUUUCAACUUCUGUUGACUCUUUAGUCUGCUUGCUUUGGACGUCGUUGUCAAACAUGUCUAUUUGUUAUGUUUGUAUAGACUGUAUAGGGUAGCCUCUUAGAGGGUACAACACUUAG